AUGUAUCGCCGCCAACCAACAUUUCGGAUAGCCUGGUGUAGAAGGCCUCUGGCGCAGGUCAAUCGCCGCUUUAUAUCAUCCGAGAAGACAACACCUACGGACACUCCCCAUGCAUUCCAAUCGCUGCCACCAGACUGGGAAGAUGAAGCUCCCUCGCUGUCGGACUUUACAGAGCUCCCGCAUAAGGACUUUGGCAAAAAUCAGUUGAUGCAAACGAACGAAGACUUUAAACGGGCAUUGCGAGGCAUACUACGGAAAUUCCCGCCAGUCACAUACGCAUUUGCCUACGGCUCUGGCGUCUUUCCUCAGUCGGCUGCGACAGCUUCGCGAACGACUCAAUCGCCUCACCCGAACCCUCCCGAUGCGAUAUUGAAAUGGCAAAAAGGAGGUGGAAAGAUGAUUGAUUUUAUCCUGACGCCUCGCUUCUCUCAACACUUCCACUCGCUCAAUCUACGCGAACACAGAGAUCAUUAUUCAUUUCUUGGAUCGCUCGGCUCAGGAGUCGUCAGCCAUGUACAGGAGAAGUACGGCGCAGGUGCUUACUUUAACCCGUAUGUUAUAGUGAACGGAACAAUGAUCAAAUACGCCGUCGUCAACUACGAAACGCUCCUCCGCGACCUUACCGAGUGGGACACAUUAUACUUCGCCGGCCGCCUGCACAAGCCCGUUAAAAUCCUCCACGAAGAACCCAAUCUCCGCGUCGCGAAUCAACGCAAUCUCCUCUCUGCCGUUCGAUGUGCGCUUCUCUUGCUGCCUGAGAAGUUUACAGAGAAGGAACUAUACUCUACAAUCACAGGCUUGAGUUAUCAAGGCGAUCCGCGUAUGCAGUAUGGCAGCGAAAAUCCCAAGAAGAUCGACAACAUCGUCACGCACCAGAUACGAAACUUUCGAUACCUCUACCACGAUCUCAUAAUGUCGCUCCCGAACAUCAGGUACGCCGACGAGUCUGUGAUUCGAAAGCCGGAUUGGAUGGAGGACCCGGGGCUGGAUCAGAAGAUGUCCCAAGACCUGGACCCAGAGCGUCGCGCCAGUAUGGUCCGGCGGUUGCCCAAGAAGUUCCGUGAAAAGGUGUACUUCCAGUACCGCGGCAAGUUUGGCAUCUCAGGUCGCGAGUACCAACAGAUGCUGGAGGCAAGGAAGGACGAAUCUUCGGGAGGAAUCCUGAAGAAGCAGGUCGCCGGUGACUUUGAUAGGCGAAUAGCAGCUGAGAAGGACAUCCCACAGAUGGUAACCAAGGCGAUCAACCAGACCGUCAAGUGGCCAUCAACUGUGCAAACGCUCAAGGGACCUUUUACGGCGGGCCUAUCAAAGUCAUGGAGGUACUUGCAAGAAAAGCGGGAAAAGGCAAAAAUGAAGUAA